UGAUCAUUGACCACACCAUCCCAAAGUCUCUAUAAUCACCCCAAGAAAAUGACCGAAAUGCCCUCCUAUCUCGUCGAAAACCCUAGCUUCGAACCCUACAAGCCCCAAGAACAGUACCCUAGAAAAGGAAUUCCGCUGAUCUCGAUCAUUUUGUCGAUCUUUACAUACAUUUUGAUCUUUUGCGUUUUCAAAGUCUCUCCUUCCUCUGUCUUCAACGAUACCAAGUUCUUGUUCUUCAUCUCCAAUACCCUCAUCCUGAUCAUCGCCGCUGAUUAUGGAGCCUUCACCGAUAAAGAAAAACGCGACCUUUAUGACGAAUACGCGAACAUUAAACGCUCUCCCGUUUUCGUUCAGGUGUACCAAGAAAACCCUAGAAGCAAAAUCGAUGAUUACGCCAUGGUUUCGGCCGAAGCAAUCGAGAAUCACGCAGAAGAAGCAGAUGCCAAAGAUGUAAAAAAAGUCCCGUCUCACGAGGAAGUUCACGAGAAAAUACUUACAGUUGUGAGCGAAAACGUGCCCAAGAACGUAACUAUAUAUUACAACGUUCGGAGAACGGAUGCGGAAGAAAAAACUUGUGACGCAAGACAUGGUGUGAACCCUAAACCGUACGGCAGAAGCAAGUCGGAAAAGGAAAGGGGAAAACGGAUAAAGAGAGAUGCAAGGGAGAGAAGAUACGAUCGCAGCGAAUCCGAUAGCUCGAAAUGGAUGAUUGUUCAUGAGAAAUCCGUGGAGGAGGAGAGAAUGAUGGAUCAGAAGUGGGAGAAUGUUCUAGAAGAAUCCGAGGAAUUCUCGAAGAUGUCGAACGAGGAAUUGAACAGAAGAGUCGAAGAGUUCAUCCAACGGUUCAAUAAACAGAUGAAACUACAAGCACUUGGAAACCGCGAGAUUUUGUCUUAAACGACAUGGUUUUGCAUUAGGUCAAAGUUUUGGUCAACUUUUAUUUAUUUGUUUUAUAUAGCGUAUUGCUUUGUCAUAUCGUCUUAUGAGAAUUAUACUUAGA